CUCGUUAGACGGGUUGUCGAGUGUACGUGUAGUUUGGUCGCUAAUGUAUAACCUCCAAAAUACGUUGAUAAUGUUCUACCUUCAACUGUAGAGUGCGCUAUAAUCUUAUCCAAUAUCAACCAUUGGAUGAUAACUUAUCGUGAAAUAUGACGCGUUGAUAACGACAUUUCAAGUUCUUGCAGGCUAUGUGACUGUGUGGUGAUUAAAAUUUACUGUGUACGGGCGUAAUGAGUGUGUUCUAAACUUAAUACCAAAGAAAAUCUCAAUUUACCGUUACUUCGUGUCAUCUACCAGCAAUGUCGUUAUUUAAGAAGAAAAACACGAAAUACACGUCUCCUCCAGUACCGCCGCCUCCAGUUGAAGACGUGUAUAAUCAGUCUAACGGUGUAGAUAACAACAAUGGAGCUCAGAAGUCACAGUUAGUGUUUCAUUGCCAGCAGGCGCAAGGAAGCCCUCUUGGUCUUAUCUCUGGAUUCUCAAAUGUCAAGGAGCUUUAUCAAAAAAUAGCAGAAUGUUACGAUUUCCCACCCGAAGAUAUCCUGUUUUGCACCUUGAAUACUCAUAAAGUGGAUAUGAAAAAACUUUUAGGUGGCCAAAUAGGAUUGGAAGAUUUCAUUUUCGCACACAGGAAAGGCAGGCCAAAAGAAAUAGAAAUCGUUAAAACGGAAGAUGCUCUCGGUUUAACAAUAACUGACAAUGGAGCUGGUUAUUCAUUUAUCAAGAGAAUAAAAGAAGGUUCAAUUGUAUCAAGGAUACAACAUAUAGAGGUUGGAGAUCACAUUGAACGAUUAGAAGGUGAGAGCAUGGUCGGUAAAAGACAUUAUGAAGUGGCUAAAUUACUGAAAGAAAUACCGAAAGGCACUACGUUCACAAUUCGCUUGGUAGAACCGUUAAAGAGUGGAUUUGGUAGCAUUGGACCGAAAUCUGGUAGUGCAAGAUCUAGCAAGAAACAAAACUAUGGAUCAGGCAAAGAAACUUUAAGGUUUAAAGCAAAUGGACAAGCAACUAUAGAAAAUGAACAUGACGAAAAAUCUAAGGCCGGAAUAGAGAAGAUCAAUGAGCUCCUAGAAUCAUUUAUGGGCAUUAACGACUCCGAGUUGGCGACACAAAUGUGGGAUCUUGCUGAGGGGAAAACGAACUCUAUGCAAUUAGCCGAAGCCAUAGACAAUAGCGACUUACAAGAAUUCGGAUUUACCGAUGAGUUCAUUAUAGAAUUAUGGGGUGCUAUAACUGAUGCGAGAUCUGGUCGACUCAGUUAAAAUUUCUAGGAUUUCUGUACAUUUGCCUAACGCCACACAUAACGCCAUUUUGUUUAAAUUGUAUAUGUUUAAUAUAAUGUAUUGUCAACAAAGCAAUUCAUUAUAAAUCGAAGUCAUGGUUUAACAGGUGCAUACUACCUAGUUAAGGCUAAUUCACAUUGUACUACUUUAUAAAAUGUACUUCGAUAAAAAUUAUUAAAUGAUAAAUUUAUAUGUCUCUAACGAAGGUCGUACAUAGUUACAUAAAAUUUUUGUCACAAAUUAUAACAGCGUUUAUGACCUGCAUAUAGUGCCUUUAAGAACAAUAUAUUUAAAAUAAUGAAUAUAUUCCUAUUUAUGAUUUGUGCAAAUUAUUAUUAUAUUAUAUUAUUCGUUCAUACCCUUAUUAAGGUAUGUAUGCAUUAUUUGUGAUUUAUUUAACUAUUUGGGAGAUAUUUAAUGUUGAUAAAUGAUCUUUAUUUCAUUGACAAGGUCCAACAGAAUGAUUGCUUAGAACAUUUUAUAGAUAUUAUUAUAUAUAGUACAGAGUACAAAUGUUUCUGACAAAUAUUUAAAAAUAAGGAGAAUAGAUUUUAUAUGAUUAUUGAACGGAGAAAAGUAGAAAAAGUGCAUUUUCAUUUUUUUGUGAUAUUUGUCUAUACUCAAUUAUUAUAUUUCCAUUUUUGAUCAAAAAAAUUUAAUAAAUUAUUUAUUUCGCAAGGUAUAAGAUAGAUAUCUAAUUAGAAUCAUGUAACUUGAAAAGUAUUGUUUUUUAAAUGCUAUUGAAUCAGUUCGUAGAUAAUAAGUAACAUAACGAGGGACGAAAAGUCAGAUUCUAGAUUUAAAUUUUAAACAUAGAAAUAACUAUGAAAUUAGAUUUUCUAACUUCUUUAAGUUUUUCUUUUUUAUGGUAUUGACUAAGGCCUUUUUAUCCUGAUGUAUAAAAUGUGUGCCUUCACAAAUUCGUCUAAAUUGUGUUGAUGUUUUUUAUAUAAUUAAUUUAAAAGCAGAUUGUAAUAUAAAUAAAAAUAAUCUUUUGUUCUAU